AACCACAACUUGCGACUGCUUUCUUUCAGGGAUGUAAUCCGGAUUUUCCGCAUUUAAUGAUGGACUUUUCCAACCGGUGCCGGGGCUGCUUAUCGAACGAUGAAGAAACCUUGCAACUUCUUGACGACCCCACCGUCCUGCUGUUUGAGGACUGCGUUAGAAUCCAGAUUUCCUCCGAUGAACCAAAACUCCCAAAGCACAUCUGCAGCACCUGCUACGGAAAGUGUUCCGCUUGGGCCAAAUUUCGCCAGCAGUGCUGGGAAACGAACGAGCUGCUCAGUUUCCGGCUUGGCCACGAGCAGCUCGAAAUAAUCGGCGCGACGAGCAGCAUUGAAAAGGAGGAAGUUCCGGAAACGGUUGAGGAGCCUUCCUUGGUGCGGAUUGAAAAUGCGGAAGUUGCGGUUGAGGAUGGUUGUUCCGACGCGGUUUUCUCGCCCGAUGAGCAGGUCUCCUCCGUUGAGGUGUACGAGAUUAAGAGUGGUCGCGAUAUCGCCUGCACUCAAUGUCCGAUGCAGUUCCGCAGUAUGGAGCGAUUUGAAGCGCACUGGCGCACUCAUCAGGGGUUGAAGGCGGAAGUUUGCAAGAUUUGCAACGGUGAAUUUAAUAACGCUCGGGCGCUGCGUCGUCACAUGUUGAAGCACGUGGAGGGGAAAAAGUUCACCUGCCAAGAGUGCGGCAAGAGUUACAAGUUUGCGACCUCGCUGACGCUGCACCGGAAGUGCCAUCAGGACGGCCCGCGGCGGUUCGUUUGCGACCUGUGCGGGAAGUCGUUCGUGCGGGCGCACGGGCUGAAGAGUCACAUGUCGUGCCACUCGACGGAGAUGCCGUUUGAGUGCGGGGAGUGUGGGAAGCGGUUCAAGAACGAGAUUAUGUUGAGGAAUCACGUGACGAGGGUUCACGAAGGGGUGAAACGGUUUGGGUGUUUGAGUUGUGCAAAGAAGUUUAAAACGGCGGCGGAGCUUAAAAUUCACGAGAGGUCGCACACAAAUUUGAAGCCGUUCAAGUGCAAAGAGUGUGAAAAGAGUUAUAAAACCCAGAGUCAUCUGGCGGUCCACUUCCGGAACGCGCACACUUCGGAACGACCGUAUGAGUGUGAGUUCUGCGGGUUGCGUUUUGGCCAUAGCAAGGUGCUUAAAAGCCAUCGAUUGAUCCACACGCAGGAGAAACCUUGGCAGUGCCAGGUUUGUAAGCAGAACUUCCGGCAGCAGGCGACGCUGAAGUCGCACAUGCGAACUCGUUGUUCCGCAGGAGUUCAACCGGAUAAUGGGAUGAAUGUGGAGGAAGUGAGCAGCGUUGGGGAGGGAAGAUCUGGAAUAGAUUUUGGCGUAAUCGAGGUUAUAGAAUCUUCUCAGUAGCAGGUUAUUCCGGCCAAGACAGUCAUCGUAGAAAUAAACCAAAAUUAUUUCAAACCAA